UAAAAAGCCAAAUUUCUGAAUGAGCGCUUAACCCCGCUGCUCGCUCCUGCCGCCAACGACAAACCGUCCUCUGCCGCCAUCAACGGCGAAGCCGUUCUUAGUACGCUUUGACCCUUGGUUGGCAUCUUCCUUUCAAAAUAUUGGUUGUCCACGAUGAUGUUGCUUUAUCCUUUGAUGACUAUAUAUUAUAAUAUUCUGUUUUCAUUAGCAUCAAGACUGAUAUGCAUCAUGUACUCCAAGCUGAUGACUGUUUCUUGACUGAAUAUUUUUAUAGCUUCUACCUUGUGCCAUUAAUGCAGCAUGUCUGCUCUUGUAGAUGCUGGAAUUCCUAUGAAGCAUCUUCCUGUUGCCAUAUGUUGCUGGUUGGCAGAAAGUAGGUAUGUGAUUCUGGACCACACGAAGUUAGAAGAGCAGAAAAUGAAGGCAUUUGCUUAUUUAGUCUUUCCAAACUCAGUUCUCUCGGUCCUCCGAAAAGGAUUGUCAUUGGUGGAAGAUGAACCCAUGGAGCAUGGGAUCAUUACAUCUGUUACACAUGGUGUGCAAUGUCAGUGGACGACUAUUUUCUCUGCCUCAAAAGAGGGCAUGCUGCGAGUGCAACGUUGUCUGAUUUUCUGAGGAGCUUGCAAUCACAAUUCCCAAGAGACUCAUCCAAAGCAGGGUGAUUUCAUGGUAACAGACUGAACGUUUUUCACAUAAUUCUCCGCUGGUUUGUUCAGAUUAUCAUGAGAUUGUUAUUUGAUGAGAUUGUAUGCCUGAAUGAGAACUCUUGGUGUAACAUCAAAUGGUACCAAAACCUUUUGUAAUAGUAGGGGGUUUUGAUCCCACAACAUAGCCUGCUCAUUGUACUGGGGAGCACUUUUCAAUAUAUUGCAGAAAUCUCAUUUUUGGUCGUU